GCCGCUUCCUGCACCCGCAGUCCGCCCUCUCCCUCCCCGCCUUGGGUGGUGCCGCUGCCUCGUCCCUGCUCCAGGCUCCGGGCGGAGGCGGCCGCCGCUCUCUGCUCCGCUCAGCAGCAGCCCCGAUGCAGGCCAUCAAGUGUGUGGUGGUGGGCGACGGUGCUGUAGGUAAAACAUGCCUACUCAUCAGUUACACAACCAAUGCAUUUCCUGGAGAGUAUAUACCCACGGUUUUUGACAACUACUCUGCCAAUGUAAUGGUUGAUGGAAAACCGGUCAACCUGGGUUUGUGGGACACAGCUGGUCAAGAGGACUAUGACAGACUACGCCCACUCUCCUACCCGCAAACAGUUGGAGGAACCAAUGGUAAGAAUAUAUCUUCCAGUCUGACAGAUCAACCUAUUGCCGAUGUCUUCUUAAUCUGCUUUUCCCUCGUGAGCCCAGCUUCCUUUGAAAAUGUCCGUGCUAAGUGGUAUCCUGAGGUGCGGCACCACUGUCCCAACACCCCCAUCAUUCUCGUGGGCACCAAACUGGAUCUCCGGGAUGACAAGGACACGAUUGAAAAGCUGAAGGAGAAGAAGCUGACUCCCAUCACCUACCCACAGGGACUUGCCAUGGCAAAAGAGAUCGGCGCAGUGAAAUAUCUCGAAUGCUCAGCACUUACGCAGCGAGGCCUCAAGACAGUGUUUGAUGAAGCCAUCCGAGCAGUGCUGUGCCCCCCUCCUGUAAAGAAGAGGAAGAGAAAAUGUCUGCUGCUGUAAACGUCACCCUCCCCCAGCCCAUCAAAUCUGUGCUUUGCUCAAACAAUGGAGCAUUCACAUGCCAAUUUUCUUCUGUUAUAAAUUAGUUCUCUUCCAUCAGUUCUUGAACCAAUUGACAAUUUCAUGUUUUCAUUUGUUUAAAGUAUGACCCUUACCUUGCAUCCUUCUAAGAGCAAACUCCUGAAAAGACACACCUAUGUAAAGCCUUAUUUUUAAAAUCCUCUUCUUGCUCAAUUAAAUGUUGCCAAACUGUCUGCUGAACUAAGUCGUAUUGUUGUGCUACAAACACUAAGCACUAAACUGUUUUUUAAAGAUUCUUCUUGAAAAUGACUCUAAUUUCUGGUAGGAAAUGCAAAAUCUCUUUCUAGUUUUUCACAGUAAGUAACAGUACCGGGGAAUUAGCAGAACAUUGCGCUCUAAUGUGUUUUAUUCUGAACUGUUUUCCCAGCACGGCCGUUGCCUCAUGGUGCAUCCAGCACCCAUCUCUGGCAAUGACUGACACGCCUGAGUCACAGUGUAAAUGCUUUAUCAUUGGUAAGGGCUUGGUUGCAAUCUAGUUCUUGCUGCUGUGAUUGGAAAAUUAACUAUUCUUACUGAAGUGUAUCUAGUCAUUUUGACAGCGUUGUAUUGUGGUGAAUAAAUGGAAUGUUGGGUUGGAUCAGGAGAUAGUGCCAGACAGUAUUUUGACACUGUACAGCUGACUUACACUACACUGCCAGAGUAGCUCAGCAACCAUUUUCCCAGAGGUGCAGUAGUGGAGAGAGGUUGGUGUUCAUGGGUAAAUUCCUUUGAAUUUCAAGGAGGGCAUUCAUGCAGGUACAAUUCUGAAUCAGUCAUUCCCACUUUUAUGUAGUAAAUGCUUUUCUUGUAGAAUCUCUUCUUAUUGAGCAAUAUAACUUGUAUUUUAAAACCUUCUGAUUGAUAGAAGUUUGCUUUUUUUUCUUUCUUUUUUUUUUAGAGUAGAAUGUUCAAGCAUAUCCUCAUUUUCCUGUUAUUUCUGACCCAGUAAGUUAUGCUUUCUGAGGAGCUUUUAGUCUAUUAACUAGGUGUAAAAAUCAUGUGAAGCAGCUUUACACAUUUUAGUAUUUUUUAUAUUUUAAACCUCUGUAACUGACAAACUUUUCAGCCAUCACUAGUUGCAAAGUCCCCCCACUGUAACAUGACUAAUGCAGCCAAGUGUUCUUUCUGUCACUCCAUGUGCAGCAUCGAUUGCGUAACGGUAACUUGGGUCUGUGAGGUUCUGUAAUUAGUGCUCAUGUUCUGUACCUUCCAAACUGGCAGGAAUAGGAUGUUGAACUACACCCUUUCAACCACUAAAGCAAAAUUUAAAAAUAAAAGUUGCAAAAUUGUGAAGUUUUUACAUUGAUCUUUUGCUAAUGCAAUUGGCAGUAUGUUUUGCAUGUAUGACUUAAUAAAUCCUUGAAUCAUAA